CUCGAUAUUCAGAAAAUCUGAAGCGCCAUCUGUGGAAGGAAAAAGAAGAGUCAACUCGAGAGAAAUUGUUGUCAAAUUUCUUUUUUGACAGUCAUGGCCAACAACAGAGAGAUCCUAAUGUCGGAGCUAGAACAGAUAAAGCAGAAAGUCCCCAGUAUAGAGGGGGUCACCCUAGAGGCUUGUCUACCUGAAAUUGUUCGCCUUCAUAUUUAUGUAGAUGACAUGAGACAGAUGACUGCAGUGAUGCAGUUCCUGGAGAACUACCCCACAGAACCUGUGGUGGUGGAACUCAAGAGUAAGACCCUGACUGAGAAACUACUGGACGGGGUGGUCAAGGUCUGUGAUGCUGAGGCCCGCAAAUAUAUAGGUCAAAAACAGGUUGUUCUCAUGGUACACUUCCUGAAGCAAUUUUUAAUCGACAACCCCCUAUGUAUUGUGAACGACGAAGUUGGAAAAGUGAAAAAGGAAUUACUGUCAGACGAGGAUAAGUGUAAGCUGAUGCAGUCUAGCUCCCAGAUCUUACUGAAGAUCAAAGAAGAGGAGUACUACAUGGGCUUCAAGAUCACAGUUCCUCCAGACUACCCAGCAAAACAAAUACAGUUAGAAAUGUCAGAAAACAACUUUCCUGAUAUCCUGAAGACAAAUUUCCUCGGUCAAGCGGUAGAAAUAGCCAGACAGUGUGUCCAGCCACCACUCAAAAAGAAACCAAAGGAACCUCCAUUUGAGCCUAAACCCUCAUUGUACCCAGUAUGUGAAUAUCUAAUAGAGCAGUGCAUCAAGAGAUAUGCCAAGGAGAAAUGUCCCCUAUGUAAUGAACGAGUUCUACCCCAAAAGCCAGAGGAUGUAACGAAACUAGACAAGAAGAAGAGGAUAGAGCGAGUGUAUUGCGGUCAUUUAUAUCAUUAUUUCUGUUUAUACAAAUUUAUGAAAACACCUCCUUUCACAGCGGGGAAAUUUUGCCCGUCUUGUGGUAAGCAAAUCUUUCACGACAAGUUCAAAGUGUCAGCAGAAUUGCAGGAAGCCCGAUGGGCACACAAGCAGGCCAGGCAGCGAGAAUUAGCGGAAGUCGUAGACUUUUUAGAAUAACACUUGUAGACCUUAGAUAGUAUUUUUUAAGAAAUUGUGAUAUUUUUAUGGAAGGAGAAGUAAAGAAACACAUUUUUUAUGUUGAACUUUUAACAUUUACUCAAAUUAUGUAUUUCAUGCACAGUUUUGGACACUGUCAAAUUACAACUACAAUAUGACCAACGGUUUAGAUUUUCAAUAAUUAGAAAGCUAAUUUUCUUAUCUGUUUUUUUAACCUUCUUCAUUGCUCAAGGAUUGAAACUGUGGCUUUUAAUUAGGGCGGCUUUUGUUUUGUGUACCUGGGUCUAUUUAUGCUCAGUAAAACAGGCAUGUUAUGGCAACAGUGCAAUUAUUUUUUUUUUUCCGUUAUUUCAGUAUCUAAAAAAUACAUUGGAAUCAUUCAAUUUGGUUGGUAGUCACAGUGUUCGAUUUUGGGGGGAAGAUAUGCACCCCUUUACUGAUGUAUUUACAGGUUCAAGUAUUUUUUUUUUUAAAUUGAUAUUUAUUCAAGAAAAAUUUGUAGCUUCAUUGUUACAAGCUCGUGUUAUUUUGAAAAAGAAUCAAUCAGUCAAAAAUAUAUGUGCCACAAAAUUGAAUGGUUCCACAGUAGUCGUUAUUAAGUUACAAACAUAUUGUGUUGUAACCUGUGUUUCAGCGUUUGUUUCUCCCUGCCAUUGUUGUAGAUCUAUAAUCAGUUUAAUACGUUUGUAGUUGGUUAUUUUAAAAUACACCCCGCUCUUUAUUUCAUUUAAAUCUUCUUCCAGGCACACAUAAUGUUAUUUUUUUGUUUUGAAAGUAUUUUUUAAAAAUUGAAUUGGGACUUAAUAUGAAAUCUCUGGGAAUAUUUACAAAAUCUGGCACCAAAAUAUUUCUGAAAUAAUGACAUACAGGUACAUGUCCAAUCAGUCACAGCAUCUUACGCCUUUUCUGCAAAGCUUGAAAAAAACUUUAAUUAUAUUAAUACCUAACAGAACUGGAUAUAAAUUUUAAUUCUGUAAUUCCCUUAUUUUACACAAGUACUUAAUUCUGUGAUUUCGCUGUUUUGCAUCAUAUCACAAGAAUAUAAAAUCGCGAGCACCAAUUACUUGUUUUGAUUUCAUGUUGUACAAAACUGUCUGAAAAAUAAGAGCGAGAUUUUAAAAUCCACGAGGACUGCUUCUCGUGAAUUUACGUGGAAAUUAAUUCCUCGCGUUGAAUAAGGAUUUUACAGUACUACAUUGAGUUGUUUUCAAAUAGUUUUCAAAAAAAUUGUCUGAUUAGAAUCUAAGGUUUGCUUUCUGAAGUAAACAUUUUGGUUUAUUAUAACUUAUUAAGCUCUGAAUUUGACAGAAGUUAUCCCAUAUUUAUAUUUUAUGUAUUUAAUUUAACAAAGAAUCUGUUGUGUGUCUGUUUGUUAGAAAGGCCUACGGAGAUGUUAUAAAAGUUAAGCUAUACGUGUAUUAUACUGUAGUUGUUAUGAUGAAGAAAAUCGCAAUCAUAUGUUAUUACAAACUGAUCAUUGCAAAGCCAUUUCUGUGUUGUCAGUCAACGAUAUAUUUUUCAGUUAGGUAUUAUGUCCUGGUUAAGUAAAUGUAUCUUUACCAGAAGUAGCAUUUAAGUGUUGUUUAUUAUUAGGUAUAGAUUGAUGGAAUCUCAGGUCAAAGUUUUUCUUAGAAUUAAGUAAACUUGCAAACAUUAAUUAUGUUUUUAUUAUAUGAUUAAAGAACAUGUAAAAGAAUAUGAUGAUUUAAAUUUAAUUGAAUCUCAAAAGUAACAAGUAUUUUUUUUUUCUUCAAGAUAAUACCAAAUUGUGUACAUAGAAUUUCAUGCAAGAAUUACCUAUGAUAAAAUUUGGUAGAUUUUAGUAUUUAUAAUAAAUUAAGAAUCUAAUCAUGUUUAACAUGCUUUUGUAUUCUGAUUAGCUUUAUAGAAUUCAGUUUCAAUUAUUUAUGAGAGAGAGAGAGAGAGAGAGAGAGAGAGAGCAAGCAAUUAGAUGUCAUUUCCUUAUUUCAAAAGGAAUGUGUGUAUCUAUCAUUGUGCUAUGAAGCAUUCUGCAUACAUGUUUAUGCCUGUGUUUUAUAAUUGUGUCAUGUGACACUAUAUUAUGUGACUUAACUGAUUAUAUCAUGUGACUGCAUCAUAUACUUGUUCCUUAGCUUCUGUUAUGAACAAUGAAAUGCUUUGUACUUUUUAAAUUAGAGUACAAAUAUAAUAUUGUAUAUAUAU